CAUCAGAGAAGACACAAAACACAACUAGCUGGACCCAGUGAAUACACAGCAACAGUACUUGCGGCUACUAAUAAUUCUAGCGGGCUCCUGUAUGCUGGAGCCACACACAGAGGCUGCGUUUAUUAGUGUGUAUCAGGAGAACAGUGCCGUGUAAGAAAGGCUACCUUGGAGCUGUAGUUAAUGAGUGCAGUGGAGCAGGAUGAGUCUUGACCCUGUGCAGGUCAUGAAGGGCCAGGACGCCAUGUCCCUCAACCCCUCGUCAGGCUCAAACGGAGACAGCAAAGCCUCCUGGGAUAAUAACGAGGGCUUCUGUGAUAGUGUGGGUUCUACGAAAAAGCCCAAAACUGGACCAGUGAGACGAGCCAGGAAGGUGGAGGGAGGUGUUUUCUUUCCAAAGCCAGAGAAUGCAGUAACGAUAGCCGUGUCCUCUCGGGUGCUGUUCCGCACAGAGAAAGAGCAGAAGGUUUUUGAUGAGAAAGGGGUAGAGGAGUACCUCCAGUACCAGAUGGAACAUGAGAAUGAGCCUUUAGCCCCUGGACCUGCAUUUCCAUUUGUUAAGGCCCUGGAGGCGGUGAAUGCACAGUUGCGAGAGCUGUACCCUGACAGUGAGGAGCUUUUUGACAUUGUGCUGGUGACCUACAAUCAUGCCCAUGUAGGACUAAGAUUAAUUAACACCAUCAACCAUCACAAUCUGUUCAUUGAGCGGUUCUGCAUGACAGGAGGCAGUAAUCCGAUUGGCUACCUGAAAGCAUGGCACACAAACCUGUACCUAUCAGCUGACCCAAAGAAGGUGCAGGAGGCACUGGCUGAAGGCAUUGCAGCAGCCACCAUGUUUAUGCCCGAGAAGCAGAUAGAUGUGUCGGAGACACAGCUGAGAGUGGCAUUUGAUGGCGAUGCUGUUCUCUUCUCAGAUGAGUCCGAACAAAUAUUCAAAGCUCAUGGCCUGGACAAGUUCUUUGAACAUGAGAAGGAAAACGAGAACACGCUACUAGAUCAUGGUCCACUGAAAAGCUUCCUUGAGGCCCUCGGAAAGCUCCAGAAGAAGUUCUAUGCUAAAGGCCACAGGUUAGACUGCCCCAUUCGCACCUAUCUGGUGACUGCUCGCAGUGCAGCCAGCUCAGGUAUCCGUGCUUUAAAGACUCUCCGUGCCUGGGGAUUGGAAACAGAUGAAGCCCUGUUUUUAGCUGGAGCUCCCAAAGGCCCCAUGCUGGAGAAAAUACGACCCCACAUCUACUUUGAUGAUCAGAUGUUCCAUAUUGAAGGUGCUGCAGAGAUGGGCACGAUUGCUGCACAUGUACCGUACGGGAUAGCACAGAAAUACCCUCACAAAAAGAGUGCAAACUCCGACAAGUAAGGAUGGGAAUGGACAUUAGACAUUGUACUGGGUUUCCUUGCAUGACUCAGUAACCCAGCAACAAGAUAUUUACUUUUUUUUAAAACCAACAUUACAUAAAAUACUGAGCUGAUUGGCUGAUUGACUGACUUAUAUGACCAUUCACAUCAUGAAGACACAGUUGGAGAAAAAAAAAGACUUAUCCUUGCAUUUGUCUCUUUGUCAUUCUUGUUUUAUUCAUUAAUUUGUAAAUAACUCCGUGCAGUUGGGUGAAUAUUCAUUCACUGAAAUGAAAAAGCUCUAUCUGUUAUAGGUUUUGGCACCCUUUUAUCUUUUG